AUGUCUUAUUUCCUCCUGUUCCCGACGGAGCCGUGGUCCCGCAAAGUCGCCAUCGCCACGCGCGUCCCACCUCACUUAGACUCGCUGAUGGGCCAGCUCCGCAACUGGGCCCAGCAGAGCAUUUCUCUCGCCUACCCCAUCCGGAACACUAUCAAUAGCCGAGACGUAAACCCAUACGACCCCAACCUGUGGACCCUUCCCGUCGAGUUUGGGUGCUCCAUGCUGGUCUUCACCCUCCACGCCGCCACGCACAAGUUCCGCCCGCGGGCCCGCAUCGUCUUCAAUCUAGCUCUCAUCGCUUACGCCCUGUACCGCACCGAGUUCAACAUCCUGCUCUUCAUGUGCGGCAUGUUCAUGGCGGAUCUCCAGGCGUACGCUUCUGUCCGGGACGAGAGGCGCCACGACCUACCCCUCCGUCGAGCUGACGACUACCACGAUGACUCCGACUCCGAUUCCCCGCUCCCAUCGUCGGCGACCCCGCACCUCGGUGGGUGGCAAUGA